AUGUUUGCUCUACAGGAUAACAGGGAUGCGGAAGCAUUCCUGAAGCCGGUCUCGAAGACCGAUGUUCCUGACUAUUAUGAGGUCAUCUCCAACCCUAUGGACUUGCAGACCAUGCUCAAGAAGGCGAAGCAGAAGCAGUACAAGUCGAAGCGGGAGUUCAAGGACGACCUUGAUCUCAUCUGGUCUAACUGCUUUACGUACAAUGCUCAGCCGGACCACCCUCUGCGGAUGUGCGUCAUGCGGUUAAAGGUCAAGGCCGAGAAGUUGCUCAAGAACAUCACAGACUGGAAGGAGCGCGCAGAUCCCGUCAUCCCGUCAGACAUUGCAGCCAUCCUCAUCGCGCCCCGGACAAACGGCGUCACUCUCAACGGUCAUGCACGCGUCCACUCCCCUGUUUUGGCGAAGUCGCCGAGUCCCGGUAAGGCCAUCCCCAUAGCACAGCCGAGCAGCAAGAAGCCUCGUCACGAUGGCUCCUUCGCCGACUCACCCGCGAUUGUUCGGAGCGCAGAAGGCAUGGCGGCGUUCGUGCGGUUGGACCAAGAGCUGGAGUGGUGGACGAACACUGCGCAUCCUACCAAUAUCGUGAACGAUGAGACUCAACACCUUGAGCAACGCUUGAGACGAUACAAACCCGUCUCGGACGACGAACUUGAUAUCGAUAGCUUGUCUCUGCAUACCAUGGACAGCGGUGUCGGAGAGAAGCGCAAAUUGAAUGGUUUUCUUGACGAUCGACCACGCAAACGUGCACGCAUGUUGCCAACUGCGGACAAGGAUCCGGUCGAACUCUGGUGGGACGCGAUGCAGUCUGAGGAAUUGCUCGCGAACGGUCUCCCAACACUUCUGUACCGUUCAUCAGAGGACGUCCCUGGUGCUGGGCCGCCCAAGCAAAUCAAGGACCCACCACGGCAAGGAACGCAGCGGGGCAAGAAGAAGAAAACGACGCCACGCACAGACACUUUGCUAUACCACAUGAACAACAACAUCCGUACCCUUCGCCGGGUCCGGACCACGCACGCAAAGUUCGCUGCUCUCAACCUCAACCAGAACACGGAAGAGGGUGGCGGGCCUGUGGUGCCACCGAUCGAACCUAUCUCAGAGGACGUGGAGGACGUGUUGGAUGAACGGCCAUGGAAACCUAAUGGCUCGGGUAUAGAAAUAGGGGAGGAACAUGCAAACGAUUGUCUGCACUGGAUGGGUGGCAAGGUCUUGGAACAUGUCGGCUUCCAAGGAACAUCCAAGGCUGCGCUUGAUGUCCUGGCUGGCGUCGCUUCAGAGUAUCUUCUCAACGUCGGGCGGACGAUACGUUUUAUGUGCGACAAGUAUGCGAAGAAGAUGACGCCUGAGGAAAUCAUCCUACACACCCUUUUCGAAAGUGGAACGACUCGCAUCUACGAGCUCGAUCGCUACGUCAAGGACGACGUCGUUCGAUAUGGCGGACGGCUGGCUGAGCUCGAGAAAAAGCUGGCCAACGCUUAUCGAGACGCGACCACCGAGGAAGCCUGGGAUGACGACGCCCUAUUCCAGAACACCGAAGGCGAGGAGGAAGAUGGCCAAUUCGUCAUGGGCAACUUCGCCGAUUCUUUUGGAGAAGAUUUCCUUGGUCUUCGGGAGCUGGGUAUCGCUGCAGAAUUUGGUCUGCAGAGCCUGACAGUCCCCAAGAAGCUGCUGAAGGGCAAGAAGCAGGGACAUGCGGAGGGGCCAUCUGCUGCCAAACCUACAGAGCCUCCUCCCCCGUUUCCCCCGCCUCCCCCAUUCAUACCAUUGGACUCCAGAACGGUCGAGAAACAGAUCGGCCUGCUCAAGCCCUUUUACUCCGAGCGGAUCUCCACCCUGUCUGCGUCUGCGGCGCAACAUCCACCGCCUGGUGCGGCCUCCGUACCUCCCCAAACCUCCGGUUUCCCACCACCUAUGCCACCUGGUUAUGCUCAGCCUAUACCCACAGAGUCUGAUACCCCAUCCGUCGUACUUCCCGACGAUGCACCCAGCCCAUCGCAUACCAAGAUCGGACCACUCGGUCAGGUCAUGAAGAACGCGCCUUCAGCAGCAGCCUCCAAGAAGAAGAAAGCGAAACCUCCUGUUGCCCCGACCGGGAUGAUGCCUGCACCAUCAGAGGGAGAGCCGCAACAAGAGUUUGCCGCGGCCACCCCGGGUAUGGAGUCCGCCAAUAAGAGAGGCCAAUCUUCUGGCGGCAGUCCUGCUAAGAAGAAGCCGGCCAAUGGCUCAGGUGCAUUCCCUGCAGUCAUUAUGGCGAACGCAUGA